AUGUCGAGUCACCAAAACCACUUCCGGGGCCUGCAGAUGUUCUCAUUCGCGUCCAAAGCGGUCGGUCUCUGCCGUUCAGAUCUCGACAUGAUGGAAAGCCAACCCGGCAGCGACCCAUAUGCCUCCGCCAUAGACGCAAACUACAUUCUAGGCCACGAAACAUCUGGCGUCGUUGAAGCUCUCGGAUCUUCCGUCACCGACUUGUCCAAGGGAGAGAGCGUCGUUGUACAUCACAUGCGGCACUGCGGAUUCUGUAAUUUCUGCGAGGCCGGGGUUGAGCAGCACUGCAAAUACUUCAAGCGAGGGGCUAUCGGAAUGACAAGGGGCUGUGGCUUUGAUGGUGGCUUGGCUGAGUACCUCGUUGUACCUCGUACUGAGCUCGUAUCUAUCGGUCACGAGGACCCGGUUCUCUACGCUCCUCUCACCGACGCGGGUGUGACUGCCUAUGCUAGCUGUAAGGAAAUUAUCAGAAAUGCACGCCCUGGCCAACACGUCUUGGUCAUUGGUAUUGGCGGGCUUGGGUCAUACGCUGUCCAAUUCCUCCGACUUCUCACCUCUGUUCGAAUCAUUGCUGCCGAUAACUCACGUCAGAGGCUAGCCAUCGCUAAGGAUCUGGGAGCAGACGAAGCUAUCCUUUCUGAUGCAAGCUCAAAGGCCGAAAUUGCUCGCAUUACUUCCAGCCGAGGCGUCGACGGCGUGGUUGACUUUGUUGGAAGCGACGCAACCUUGCAGCUAGCAGUGAGUGUCGUUCGACCUCAGGGAUUCGUCUCUGUGCCUGGAAUGCAAGGCGGAUCUGUGCGUUUAGGUUGGAACCUGAUGGCGACGAGUGCCAAGUUUUCACUCUCCCUUGGAAGUACACGACAGGAUUUGCGGGAGGUGUGUCAGCUGGCGAAGGAGGGUAAGCUGCGUAUUGAGGUUGAUAGGUUUAGCUUUGAUGACAUUCCUAAGGCCUACCAGCAUUUACGUGAUGGUAAGCUGAAGGGUCGUGCGGUUAUUGUUAUGGACUGA